AUGGUCGUGUCUCAUGUCCCUUUCCGAUUCUGCGGCGUCGCUCUCUGCAGCUUCCAUUCCUGUGUAUCCUGUUUCGUCGGGGGGGGGCUGUCUCUGUCUCAUACUUCUUGUUCUCCGUUCUCGUUGUUUUUCAGCGCCUGGGGUGGACCUUCUUACGCCGUGUACGUGACGUACUCCACAGUCCCCGAAGCCAUCGCGGCGAUUCAGUCCAUCGAUGGGGCUGUCUACGAGGGGAGAACUCUCAAGGCGUCCUUUGGAACAACCAAGUACGCGCAUUUACCGCCUUUAUAUCUUGCUUGA